AUGUUCACAAAGUGGUGUUUUAUCAGCUUGUUAUUUAUUCAGUUGAUUUCGAAAGCUGCAGCAGAGUAUGGAGAGGCGUAUGAAGACGUCCGUCCGAAAAGAUUCUUUUACGCUUGCCGAUACCAGGUGAUGGGCGAGGUCACCAUUUGCCCGGGCAGAAACAUAACUUGUCAGUGCGUCAACCCUAACAAUAUUGCCACGAUCGCCGGCUGCUUACAGUCGAUUGGGAGAACUGAAAAGAAAUAUACCGAUUUUGCAGUCAAGGCGUGCGCUCAAGCAAACGUCACGCUUCCGGCUGACUGGUUUGAAACUGCUAUCGAGCUUUACAACUCCAGUGCAAAGUCGGCCCUGGAAAUCCCCGGCUUCAACAAGUCAAGACCAAUCAAUACGCCUUUCAUCUUGAACAUGACAAACACUUUGGCACACCAGGAAGCCUUCAGAAGGUUCUACAAUAACUAUAGUGGGUCAUUGUUUUAUGGUGCUGGAAUGUUGGGCUACUGGCUCUUGGUGAUGCUCUUGGGCGGUAUUGCAAACUGGAGCAAGUUUUUGUUCCCCGCCGCAACCAAGAAAUUGACAAGCCCAGUUGUCAAUCUUUGGAGAAAGCACGUCACGGUGCCAGCAACGUUUGGCACAAAGAAACUGCAGGAACAGGCCUUUUUAAAAAUGUUUAGCUUUCUCAUCCCAUCUCGCUUUGAAAGUAUAGUUAUACUUUUAUUCUACGGAGUCACCAUUUUGUGUAAUGGCCUCAAUACCACUGCCAUCGAUAAUGACCCCAUCUUCCAAGGCAGCAAGUACAAAGCUGAGAUUAAGUACGUUGCAGACAGAACAGGCAUCACCGCCACCAUGAUGAUGCCGUUGAUCUUUUUGUUUGCUGGAAGAAACAAUUUUUUGCAAUGGUUAACGCGCUGGAACUUUAGCACCUUUAUUGCAUACCAUAGACACACAUCGCGGAUCAUGUUUAUGCUUGUUGUGAUUCACGCGGUUUGUUUCACCAUCGCUUUGGGUCCAAGGUACACUCACGACGUUCAGGAGACUUACUUCAAAUGGGGUAUAAUCGCCACCGUUGCAGGAGGUAUCAUCAUGGUCCAAGGAAUGCUUUACCUUAGAAGAAACUGGUAUGAGAUCUUCUUAUUUUCCCACAUUGUUUUGGCGGCAAUCUGGGUAGCAGGUGCUUGGAUCCACGUUCUUGACUUCGGCUACAUCAAUAUGGUGUAUCCAGCAGUCGCCAUUUGGAUCGUCGACAGGUUAGUGAGAAUCGCCCGUUUGGUGUGGUUUGGUUUUCCCCAUGCCGACGUCACGCUCUUGGCCGACGAAACUUUGAAAGUCGUUGUGCCAAAGCCCAAAUCGUGGAAGUCGAUCCCUGGUGGACAUGCUUUCAUCCAUUUUUUGAAGCCAACCUAUUUCUGGCAAUCGCACCCAUUCACAUUCACGGACUCCGUGGAGGAGGAAAACUGCAUAGUGUUGUACUGUAAAGUCAAGGGCGGCAUCACCCAUAGCUUGUACAAGCAAUUAUGUGCUGCUCCAGACAGGGCUUGCAAAAUGCGAGUAGCGGUCGAAGGCCCUUACGGCGAGUCAACUCCUGCCAAAUACGCAGACACUGCUGUGUUUAUUGCUGGUGGUAAUGGUAUUCCUGGAAUCUACUCCGAGGUGUUCGACAUUGCAAAGAGAAGCGGUCAUCACCACCAAAACGACCGCCAGCAGUCGUUGAAGUUGAUCUGGGUUGUCCGCGAAUGGAGGUCGUUGUACUGGUUUUACGAAGAGUUGUUGAGCUUAAAAUCCACAAACAUUGAAACCACUAUCUACGUCACCCAGGCCUCGAACUCUUCAUGUGUGGAGGACUUCAACAACAGAUUUGCCGCCUCGUUGGAGACCAAAUCCGUCGAUACCCCUGGAACUGAAACACCCAAGUCGGAGUCACUCAAGGAGUCGGCAAAAGUGGAAGAACUCUCAUGCGAUGAAAAAGUCGAGACUCAAUCCAUAGUCAACUCGAUAAGGAGCGAGCUCGCACAUAUACAGUUUGAAGAAGGAAGACCGUCUUUAGCUGAGAUCAUCCCUCGUGAAAUUCACGAGUCUAAUGGCUCCACUGCCUUUGUUGCAUGUGGCCACUCGUCCAUGGUUGAUCAGAUUCGUUAUUACUGUGCUGAAAACGUGGAUAACAAGGAAAAGAAGAGAGUUGACUUUUACGAACAGGUUCAAGUCUGGGCUUGA